GCCCGCCCGCUGGGGGGCCGGGCCGCCGCGCACGCCGCCCGCGCCCCGCGCCCUGCCCAGCCCGGGUCACCGGCGCUCGCGCCCGCCGCUUAGCACUCGGGCGCCGCUCGCUUCUCGGGGCAUCGCGGAAAUAUCGCCGCAGACGGACACAAUGGCGGCGACUGCCGCCACCACGGCCGCCACCGCCGGCACGGCCGUCCGCAGCAGCGGCAGCAGCAGCAGCAGCAGCAGCAGCGCCGGCACCGACGCCACGGGCACCAGCAGAUUGCCGCAGCCGCCCCAGCCCGCGGCCGCCGCGCCGGCCCAGCCGCGGCAGCCGCCGCCCGACCCCCCCAGGAAGCCACGCAUGGACCCUCGGCGCCGCCAGGCUGCCCUCUCCUUCCUCACCAAUAUCUCGUUAGACGGACGGCCGCCACUGCAAGAUGAGGAGUGGGCUGGCAGCGAGGAGAGCGGUGGGGUCAAGCCCGGAGCCGGCAGCGCCUGCGGCGCGAGGACUCGGUUCAGUCUGCUCGCCGCCGCCGAGCGGGGCGGCUGCAGCGCGCUUGCAGUGGCGGGCACGGCGGCGGCGUUGGCAGCUGGAUCCGGCCCCUACCUCCCGCCGCCGUCGCCGCUGCCGCCCCUGGUCCCUGGCGGCUACGCGACCGCGCUCGGCCCUGGGGCGUCCCGAGGGUUCGCGAGCUCCCUGGGCGCGGGCCGGGCGUCGGGAGAGCAACUGCAGCUGCCCCGGCCCGCGCUUCUCGCCGCCUGCGUUCAGCCGCAGCUGCCCAACGGGCCCGGGGGCGCCGGGCAGGAGGAGUUGGAGGAGGACGAUGCCUUUACCAGCGUGCAGGUGCCGGCGGCCGCCUUCUUGGGCUCCGGGACUCCCGGGAGUGGGAGCGGCAGUCGAGGCCGCCUCAACUCGUUCACUCAGGGAAUCCUGCCCAUCGCCUUCUCCAGGCAGACUUCGCAGAACUAUUGCUCUCUGGAGCAGCCGGGCCAGGGAGGCAGCACCAGCGCCUUUGAACAGCUGCAGAGGUCCCGACGUCGUCUCAUCUCCCAGAGAUCGUCCUUGGAGACCCUGGAAGACAUUGAGGAGAACGCCCCUCUACGGAGAUGUCGAACUCUCUCAGGUUCCCCCAGACCAAAGAACUUUAAGAAGAUUCAUUUUAUCAAGAACAUGCGGCAGCACGACACCAGGAAUGGCAGAAUAGUCCUUAUCAGUGGCAGAAGAUCCUUCUGUAGUAUAUUUUCAGUGCUGCCAUAUCGCGACAGUGCCCAAGUUGGGGAUGUGAAGUUGGAUGGAGGGAGACAAUCAGCGGGAGCCGUGAGCUUGAAAGACGUCGUUGGCCUGGAAGGCGUGGAGCUGGGUGCAGACGGGAAGACUGUUUCUUAUACCCAGUUUCUGUUACCCACAAAUGCCUUUGGAACACGAAGGAACACCUUAGACUCCACGUCCUCCUUCUCCCAGCUCCGUACCCUGAGCCACCGAAGCCUCUCCAUAGGACGGGCGAGUAGCACCCAGGGGAGCCUGGACACAGGUAGUGACCUGGGAGACUUCAUGGACUAUGACCCUAAUCUCCUGGAUGACCCCCAGUGGCCUUGCGGCAAGCACAAACGAGUUCUGAUCUUCCCUUCAUACAUGACCACAGUCAUUGACUAUGUGAAGCCCUCGGAUCUCAAGAAAGACAUGAACGAGACUUUCAAGGAGAAGUUUCCUCACAUUAAGUUAACACUCAGCAAAAUAAGGAGCCUGAAGCGAGAGAUGAGGAAGCUCGCCCAGGAGGACUGUGGCCUUGAGGAGCCCACGGUGGCCAUGGCCUUUGUCUACUUUGAGAAGCUCGCCCUCAAGGGAAAGCUAAACAAGCAGAACCGGAAGCUUUGUGCUGGGGCGUGCGUGCUCUUAGCGGCUAAAAUCGGAAGCGACCUCAAAAAACAUGAAGUCAAGCAUUUAAUUGACAAACUGGAAGAGAAGUUCCGGCUGAAUAGACGAGAACUGAUUGCCUUUGAAUUCCCGGUGUUGGUGGCCUUGGAAUUUGCCCUCCAUCUGCCAGAGCACGAAGUCAUGCCCCAUUACAGACGCCUGGUCCAGAGCUCCUAGCCCAGGCCUCCCGGGGGGGGCCAGGGAGGACGUCCUCUGAGCUCAGUGGGGCAGCACUGACUACUGGAAAUGCAGGAGUAGAACUCAACACAGCAAACAUUUUCCCUCUCGACCUGUUUUUGUGUAGAAGCAAGACUGGAAACUUUUCAGGGAGCCUUCAGUCUGGCCAGCCUUGCUGCGCCCUGAACUGUUCACUGCUCAGCAAAGAAGGGGAGACCCACGCAGAAGACGGCUCUCCCAUCUCACCACUCGCAAGAUUUCCUAGCUGGCACUGCCCAGGCUUCCUCGAGGCCACACACAGACCUUGCAGGCAUGGUCCAGGGACUUCUCUCCAGACCCAUUCCACCUUGGAGUGUGAAGGCCGAGAGCAGAGUGAAGAAGAGAAUGUGCAGAUGUUGGGGGAAGGCUUCUAAAAGAUACUUUAACUGCAUCAAAAGAGCGUGCCAAUCUAUUUUUUUUAUCCGCUGUCGAAAGUGCACUUUCCCCCUGGGGGCGGAUGAGCGAGGGUGAGCGUGUGUGUAUGUCUGAGAUGCCGCAUCAGCCCUCCACCUCCAGGGCCAGCCCCACCUGCUACAGAACUGACCUCAGCCAGGGGUCAGGAGCCACGCUGACUUUCAGCAAUUAUUCCAGACCAUCUCUGGGUAACAGUCACUCCAUACCAGAUCGACAUCGUCUGCCCUUAGAAAAUGACACGGUUUCUGUUACUGCGCCUGCCACCACUGGGAAGAAGAAGACAGCUCUCACUGUUGGAUGGACUGUGGGGAACGGCGUGGCGUGUGGCACUCUGUCCCUUUCCACUGUCUCGCCCUGUGCCUACAUUGAACCUGCACACUUCCCCCCUUGUGGAGAUGCUGGGGUUGGGCUCCGUGGUGUGCAUUCCUGUGCUCUAUGUUAGAGUGCAUCAUGGGCACAUUUAUUGUGCUAUAUAUAGACAUAUACAUAUAUAUAAAGCAUUUUAUAAAAUCCAGAAUAGGGGAUUUCCUAGCUGGCACUGCCCAGGCUUCCUCGAGGCCACACACAGACCUUGCAGGCAUGGUCCAGGGACUUCUCUCCAGACCCAUUCCACCUUGGAGUGUGAAGGCCGAGAGCAGAGUGAGGAAGAGAAUGUGCAGACGUUGGGGGAAGGCUUCUAAAAGAUACUUUAACUGCAUCAAAAGAGCGUGCCAAUCUAUUUUUUUAUCCGCUGUCGAAAGUGCACUUUCCCCCUGGGGGCGGAUGAGCGAGGGUGAGCCAGCUAGGAAAUCUUGCGAGUGGCGAGAUGGGAGUCCAUCAAAGAGGCAGCAACUCUUAUUGCCACGUCUCCAGGGCUGUUCAUGCAGUUUUAAUUCUAACUUGUACCGAUUUGCUGGGGUGACCCAAAAGGAGGCAACUUACCACGCUGUCACCUUGUAGCUGUGAGAGAGAGGUGCCCGCUGGGGUUCACCGGACUGACGGAAGCCUGUGGCCCUGUAAAAAGAAUUAAAAUAUUUUAGUGUUUCUAUA